AGAUGCCGCUGCAGGACAACGCAGGGAAAGCAAAUGGCGGCUCCUACGGAAUGAUUUUCGGCACAGAAAGUUAAGGCUCAGCAGAUACUCCCAAUCCACAAACUCUCCCGGAACAAAGAUACGCAAAAAGUGGGGGCGUAGUGAGCUCUCUUCGCCUCGGGUACUUACAAUCCAGUAACGGUUGUAAGUCCAGUUUCUCCGGACAGGCGCGAGCGGGAAACGAAGCCACUCAGAGAAAGGCCUUUGGCUGGGAGCCGAGAGUCUCCUUCCGAAUUCCUUUGCUCUUCCCGGCACUUGGCAAAGCGAUCCGCUGAUUAUCGGUGAAAUGGCUGAGGACGGGCAACGCGAAAUCUCGCCAGGAACCGCAGCUCCGAACGCCAGAUUCUGCAACUCCGCAGCUCAGGCGGCCUCCGUCCGUUACAGCAGACCUGAAAUUCCCAGCCGGGGAGUAAGCAGGGAGCCUGCGAUCCGGCGCUUUGAAGUUUUCCCCGGAGCAGAGUCGAGGCAGCGAGGAGGAGCGACGGGAGGUGGGGGGCCUGACACUGUGGACUCAGUGUUGUCUAGCAGAGAAUCCUUGGGGAAGCGGCCCAACAGCAUGCUUUCAUUUCCAAGGAUUGAGCCCAAGGAGAUGGAGAAAAAACUGCCUAUGGUGACCACUGUAGAAGGUGGACAGAAUGGACAAAGGAAGAAGUUAAAAGACCAGUCAGACAAAGAAGGUGUCCGAGAGAUCUUAUCACCCAAGGUAAUUCAAUAUAGACAAGCUAUCUCCCCCGCCAAAGCAAGAAAUGUCAGUUUCCCGCACAAAUUGGAGCAGAAUGGGAGUGGUGGGAAGAAUAUGAACGUUGAAAGGUUACGAUCUCUGGGUGGUCUGAAAAAUGACAAUGAAAUGAAGCCUAAAAUUUCUCCAGCCACUUCUUGCCAGGAUCAUAAUAGGGCAGGACAGGAAAUGUGUUAUGUAUGCUUGCAACGAGCACAGCGGAAUUUCCCGUUGUACUACGGUGAGGAGAGGAAGAGGAGAGAGGUGGAAGAUGAGCGACUCCUACAGCAGUAUCAGAUGAUGAAAGAUCAAGAGGCUGUCUUCAAAGAGCAGAUGCAAAGUCUGGCUAGUAGAGAACAGAAUAAAAAAAAUGCUGCCUAUAACCUUGGAGUUGCUGAAGCCAUAAGAAUCCACAAGAAUGAGAAACCUGAAUUUCAUAAAUCCUUCUUUUUUGAUAAACGGCCACUCAGUCCUGAGAUUAAUGCUUUUAAGCAAGAGAAACAUUACCAAAGUCUCCUGAAACAAAUAGGUCACAGACGGGAAAAGGACAUAAAGCAAAGACAAAACAGCGAGUUGAUGGACCGCCUGGAACAAAUGCAGCUGACAGAGGAACUUGCUGCGCAAAGGGCCAAAUAUAUAAAAGAUAAGAUGGAAGAAACACAGCGUUACAAGAGAGCUUUGGAUGCACAGAUAAAGAACAAACACCCCCAGCUGCCCAUGUUUGAGCCAGACUCUUCUGGGGCUAUCUUUGCUAAGGAGGAGGGUGAGCUGAUGGUGGAAAAUCGAAAGAGAGAACAGAAUUACAGGAAGGACCAGAUGGAGGCAGCUGCUAACCACAAGAGGACAGCCAUGUUGCACCAGCUGGAGGACCAAAAGUGGGAUUUGAUGAUGCUUCAGAGGACACACAAAGAGCACUUGGCAGAAAGAAAGGCUGAGCAAGAGCGAGUGAGCAGAAUCUACCAAAACUUACAGGAUGACUGGGAAAGGAGUGCUGCCAUGAAGAAGCAGCGGGACCUGGAGGAGAAGGCUUUCGAGCGGGCCUCCAACAAGCUCUUCCUCCUGGACCAGUGUGAGAAGUAUCAGCGGUGCAAGCAGUGCCAGAGGCGACCCUCCAACGUGGGCAAGAGCAACCUGUUUCCCCUGAACAAGCACAUGCAUGGCUCCCUGCUGUUUGUAUAAAACCCAACAUCUGGGCCUGCUUUUUUAAACGUGCAGGGGUGAUGGUGAAACUACAUAUUUGUACUUUAGAGAAGAAAAAAUUACUGUGCCAUUUUGGUGCUUUCAGGGGUAGAGGGAAUUCCUAUAGACAGGUUCUCCCCACCUGUCCUCCUCCCGUCCUGCCCCAGACAACUCUGCCUCAGUCAGGCCUGGGAGGCGCACCCAGCUUCAUUCUGGCUGAGGGGGUGUUGCUGACCCAGCCCUGCCACUCCCUCUGUGACUUUGUCUAAGAAACUUCAUCUUUUCCUCACCUAUAAUGAAGUGUCGUAAUAAAUACUUUCUAUGUGU